ACCUGGAUAUCUUGCAGUGCCUGUCAGCAACGUGCGCUAUACCGCACCGGAGUUGUUGCAAGCAGCCCGGGCAUCUGAGGUGACUUAUUGCUGUCGUGGUGCCAAUGGCGACAGUGCCUAUCAGGAUGAGACCACGCCCUCCGUCAGAGUCACCCUCACCUCGACCACUUUCGAGUCCGAAGCGAAUGAUAUCACCGAGGGCUCCUCCGUGGAUUUGGGCUUUACCACAAUAGACAAUAAAACAGAAGUCUCCAGCGUCCGGCCCUCCACCCCGCGUUCAAUGCGGGGCACCUCCUUCCUCUACUCCUCAGGAGUCUCUAUCAGCUCAGUCUUCUCCUCCUCACCC